AUGGCACAGAUCUUGGCGGGAACGCACGGAAAAAUAAGCACCAGACGUUGCGCCAGACGAGAAAAAAGUAAGGUUGGAAAGUUCUUCUUUUUUGAUGGCAACUUCUUAUUUUUGGCUAAGGUGCCACGGGCUGUGGGUUAUCUGGCCAAUUAUAAAGAGAGCCCCUCCUCAGCGAACAGGGGUGUCUUCAUCCAAGAUGAAAGAGAGACCCAGAAGGAAGUAUUAGAUGUGGUGACUCGGACUGACUUCAAAUACUUGCUUAAAAAGAGAGCCAGUAUAAUACAAACAGAUUUAUCAAAAACAGGAGGCGGCCCUUCGGAGACCUCACCACUGAGCUCUUUUGAAAAAAGAGCUUUACUGAUUAUGGGAGACAGUUUUUACAAGGGAACAGGAUGUCCUGAGGUGGCAGUGAUAAGUAAUAAUGCACCUAGGAUGGAGGAAGUUGGUCGUCAGCCACUUGACCAACCAUCAUCCUCAAGUUCAGUACCAACUUUACGCCCAGAAGCCCAUUUAGAACAUGACUAUUCGUUUCAACCACCUCCUAAAAAAAGAAAAGGAAUUAUAGAUGAAGCAUAUGAAGAAACAAUAUCUGUCCUAAAAGAAAUUCGAAACGUGGUAGAUAGCAGACUGGAACAAAUUUCUAACAGCAUUGACAAGCUGGCAGAAGUUCUUAAAUCAAAAUAG